AUGCCCUUCUGCAUAUUUGAUUUUUCUAAAGCAAAAUAUAUUUUCCAGCUUUUCAGGAUAUAUAGGUCAAUGUCAGAAGAAACUGGACACACUUGUUUUUCCUGUGCUGAUUCCAUGUUGGAUGAAAGCGGUCAAAAUAUCACUGUCAGGCAGCGUGCAUAAGAACAUACCCUGUUCUUUUGUCCUUCUGGGGUCUGUGCAAUGCGAGGAUCAAAACCAGGCAAAAAUGUCCAACUUCAAGAGAAUGAAAUUAGAGGACUGUGCUUGAAAUCCAGAGAAAUCUUUUUGAGUCAGCCUAUUCUACUAGAACUUGAAGCUCCACUGAAAAUCUGCGGUGACAUCCAUGGACAGUACUAUGACUUGCUUCGACUCUUUGAAUAUGGAGGUUUUCCCCCAGAAAGCAACUACCUGUUCCUUGGUGAUUAUGUUGACAGAGGAAAACAGUCUUUAGAAACAAUUUGUCUUCUGUUGGCCUACAAAAUUAAAUACCCAGAGAAUUUUUUCCUCCUCAGAGGGAACCACGAAUGUGCCAGCAUCAACAGAAUUUAUGGCUUUUAUGAUGAAUGUAAGAGGAGAUACAAUAUUAAGCUGUGGAAAACCUUCACAGACUGUUUUAACUGUUUACCAAUUGCAGCUAUUGUGGAUGAGAAAAUAUUCUGCUGUCAUGGUGGCUUGUCACCAGACCUUCAGUCCAUGGAACAGAUCAGACGAAUUAUGCGCCCCACUGAUGUCCCAGAUCAAGGUCUGCUCUGUGAUCUCCUCUGGUCUGACCCUGACAAGGACGUCCUAGGGUGGGGUGAAAAUGACAGAGGAGUGUCCUUCACAUUUGGUGCUGAAGUGGUUGCUAAGUUUCUCCAUAAGCAUGAUUUGGAUCUCAUAUGUAGAGCUCAUCAGGUUGUUGAAGAUGGUUAUGAGUUUUUUGCAAAAAGGCAGUUGGUGACUCUCUUUUCUGCCCCAAAUUACUGUGGAGAAUUUGAUAAUGCGGGUGCCAUGAUGAGUGUGGAUGAAACUCUAAUGUGCUCUUUCCAGAUCUUGAAACCUGCAGAGAAGAAGAAGCCCAAUUCCAGCAGACCUGUAACGCCUCCCAGGGGUAUGAUCACAAAACAAGCAAAGAAAUAGUCACUUUGGCACUGCCUUGUUGGGACUUGUAUCAUAGUAUAUAACCUCCAUUUUUAAAACUGUCAUGUGUACUGUUCAGCUUGCUCAAAAUAGGUAAUGUGUUUGUGGUUUUCCUUU